GGCAAUCUGAACGUGGUCCAUUGUAGUGACAGCAACCAACCCAACAACUCAAUGCGAGAACAACACUCAUUUUUCUACGCGCUUGGUUAGAAAUACCUCCGGCUCUAUUGCACCGCGAGAAGCCUCUGAUAAUCGCCCAUACUGCUCCACUGCGACAACGAUUUUAAUUCCAUCGCCCAUCGACUCGGACUUUCCACCUUUCUUCAACCCUCGCUCAACAUCACCACUACACUCCACCCCCCUCAACCCACCGCCACAAUGUCAGACCUCGAAUCCUUCGACUUCAUCCCCCUCCACAUCGACCCGAAAUCCAAAGCCAUCAGCGCGGCCCAGACACCCGCCUCCCGGGCGCUGGAGGCCGAGCUCAACGCGCUCAACUCGCUGCACCGGUCGCUGCACGGGCUGGACCCGCCGCACGUGGUGCCGCCGCCGCCGGUGCCGGUGAACCCGAAGCGCAGCGCCAACAUCGGCAAGCUGCGCGAGUCGGGCAACGCCGACUACCGCAAGCAGCGCUACGGCGAGGCCGCCAAGUUCUACACGCUGGGCUUGCAGAUGGCGCUCACCCGCGCCGCCUGGGAGCCCAGCCAGCUCGUGCGCGAGGAGGUCCACGCGCUCUACAGCAACCGCGCCCAGGCCCACAUGCACCUCGGCAACUGGCCCGAGGCGGCGGCCGACGCGGAGGCCAGCGUGGAGGCCAAGCGCCAGGGCAACGCGAAGGCCUGGUUCAGGAGGGGGAGGUCGCUCGUCGAGAUGGGCCGUCUGGCAGAGGCGAGGGAGUGGGUCGCGAGGGGCCUGGAGUUUGAGGGCGAGGAGAAGGAGCUGAUUGAGCUGCUGCGGGAGGUGGACGGGAAGAUGGAGGAGGAGAAGGUGAGGAGGGAUGCUUGAGGUGCGUUACCUAGGAUUUGUUCUUGGAGGAUUGAUAGGGCGAGAUGUCGUUCCAUAGCGACGGCGUGGAGUAGCCGUCAGGACGAGGGGAGCAUGUUCAUAUCGAGUCAUGGUGGGUCGUUCAACAACCUUUGGGCUAGGCGUUACGGGAUUUUGCAGCACCGGGAAUGAAGGGAUUGUUUGAGGGAAGA